AUGGUAAAUUUAACUCCAAGUCAAGCUCUAGCGGAUAUCCGACGUGUCAAUUACAUACGCGUUGUGGUUCACGCUGGUGCUGCAAUCGAUGGAUCCGAUAACCACUGGUCGAUAUAUCUUCUCCUUCAAUCUGGUGGAUCAGUGCGUGUGAAUAUGGUGACAGACUAUGGAGACAUAAAUGGGCGUCUGGAAUGGACAGAUCUUGCAUACCUCCUCACUACUUCGGCUAUACAACACUGGGAUUUCCCGGUUACUAUGGCCAUUGAGGUUCGACAUGUCGCCGAUACAAUCUACCGAAAUCGGCGUCAUCAAUAUCAGUUCUCUGGUGGAGGAUCUGGCUGUCGUUUCUGGGUUCGCACGAUCAUGUACGACCUUGAGAGCCCUGACCGUAACUAUACCGCUGUGGGAACAUCAAAUGAGUUGUGGCAACCCCUACAAUACCUCUACCGCCGGGGCAAAGAUCCUUCACGAAUCAACUGGGUAGAGGGGACGUUUUACUAG